GUUAGAGUUAUUCCCCCGGAGUCCAUAGUUACUACGCUUGUUAUUGUAGCCUUUUUGGCUAAAAAAAAAAAAUGUCAGUAAUAACAACAGUUCCAGAACGUAAUAUCUGGGAAGAUAUAUGCAAAGAGUUUGCUUCCCGACGACCAUCAUUUCAAGAAGAAGAUGCUCAAUCUGUGCUAACUGACUACAGUGACUUUGAUCCUGCUCGACACAACCCCGUUUUUUAUGGGCAACUUCAUGAGAAAAUUACUGCAGAUGUUGAUAUACUGUCGGAGCUAGAUCCAGCUAUCAGCCACCCCGCUUGUGCUGGUUUCGUGUUUACAGACAAACCUCCACAGUCUUCACCCUUACCACCACCAACACCUCCAGACAAAAAGCAAUGUUCUCCACAUGUGUAUUUGGAACAUUAUAUAUUCCCUGUUUUACUACCAAUUCUUGAAGCAAUGCUAAAACAAGCAAAGCUAGAAAAAUGUUUUGAGAGGAAGAGGACAAAGUUUAAUGCUUUAGACUUCAUAACAGAAUAUUUAUAUAAGAACAAUCCUAAAUACACAGAUAGAGAAGAGUCUUCUCUUUGGGACAUCCCUUUUGUACAAGAAUGGCUCAAAGACCACCCUCGGCCACCAUUGCCAAUGUCUCUGAUAUGGACAGAAGAAGAAGCUGCCCUUAUCAUUCAGUCUCACUGGCGCGGAUACAUUGUAAGGCGAGAACCAGACAUUCAGGAACUGCGGAUUUGGCAGCGAGAAUGGAGAGAGAUAAACCGUGGAAUUCACUCUCGUGUCAGUGACUUCUGGGAUAAGCAGAUGCCUGACUGGGAUAAACCAACACCUAAUGUAUCUGAGACUGCACUUGAGGAAGAAAAUAUCAAAGCCAUUAUUCAUCCAGAACCUGAUUCAGAAGUUUGAAGUUAAAAGGAAUGUUACACUUCAGACUUGUGGUGUAUAAUAUGAACUCUGGAAUAUGAUACCAAUUUUAAACUAACAGAUUUUUCUUUUCAAAGCACUAUCUCAUCAUUCCUGAAUAAAUGUAUUUAAAAAAAAUACGAAGUUCUACAGGCACGACACCAACAUUCCCAUGUGGUUACUUUGUAUAGCAGUUUAAUACAGUCCUAUUUAGGAAAAGAAUUGUUUUUAGAAAAAUAAAGAAAUACAAGUAGGUUGACUACAACAGUAUUUUAAUAUAACUCAGUGUUUUGAGGUUACAGUUGUGUAUGUGGUAUGCUGCUGCUUACAUAACUGCAAAAUGUGGUAGUGCUUUGGAUUAAGGGUGGAUAACUCGAAAUGUUUGUGGUCAGCUGGUAUUGAUUUUUUGCAUGUCUGUUACCAAGUACUUCCUAAACAUAACAAUUAUGAAGUUUAAUCAUUAUUUUGCUAUUUUUCACAUUAUGUAUGUUGGUAUGAAAAUUGCAUUGUGGUGUGCUAAAGUAAGAAAGAUUAUGUGAAUUUAUUAUGUUUAACAGUAGGUACAAAUUUAAAGAUUCUCUUAAACAUUUUCAGUUGCUCUGAAUGAUAAUGUUCACUCUGUGUGGACUCCCAUUUUAGCCAUAUAUCUGCCUCUCCGACCCUUUAUUUUAAAAUUUAGGUUUAUGAUUAGGCAGGCUUGUAGAAACAUAUCGCAAGUAGGGGCAGUCUAGUGGGGGUGGGGGGCAUGAGCCAGAUUUGUAUUAUAUACAGUGUAGAAUACAAAAAAGAUGACAUUAAGGUCUGAAAAGGGGUGGGGGGGGCACAGACUCUCCUGUGUUUUAACAGCCUGUUAGAGUUAAGGUUAGGGUGAGGUUUCCUCUUUAUUAUAUCAAUACAGUGCUGGGGGGAGGCAGAUAUCUUUCUGUCUAUACUGUAUGUAACAGUUAAUAUAGUCUGGUUUAGGAAAGAGGUCUUCAUUAAACCAUUUAUAGAAAAUACAGAAAUACCUUUUUAAAGUCUCUCUUUGAAAAUUACAAGUAGGUUGACUACAGUAGUAUUUAAAACACGACCACUCUUUGGGCACAACUUUUAUUUAUUCAAAGGGUUAGAAAGCCUGCCACCAGUUACAAUAAUAGUAGGGAAGAUAUGCAAUGUGUCCUAUUUGUACACUUCAUGCUGUAUACAUUAAUACAUUAAUAACAAAAUGACUAGCAAUAGCAUAUACAUGUAUUACACAAUAAAUGACUAGUAAAAGCAUAAUGUAUGUCAUAAAUUAAUAAUUAAAAUUCUGGUUAAAAAUAAACACAUUUGAUAUGUUCAGAAAUAUGCUUUAUUUGUAAAUUUAUUUAUUUUUAAUUUAUAUCACUUGUUAUUGAUAUUUUGAUAUAUGUGUGAUUAUAGCUUUAAAGCCAUGAAAUGAUUAAUCAGAAAAAGAUAUUUGUCCAUUUUAGCAAACAUUAGCUGAUAACAAAAUAUUAGCAAAAUUACUUAUGAUAACAAGCCUUAGUUGUAGAGUGAAUGUACCCAAGUCACACCAUCUAUGUGACUGUGUUUAAAGAAAGAAAAAAACUUUAACAAUGCAUGCAACACAUUUUUAUUUAACAUAUGGCAUCUGACAUAUGGAUAAGGAUACAAGAUGAUGAAAAGGGAAACCCACUGCGGCCACCCAUGGAUUACUCUUUUUCUAUUAGCAGCAAGGCAUCUUUUAUAUGCACCAUCCUACAGACCGGAUGGCACAUAAUGUAACAUGGACUUUGUUACACCAAUUGUUGAGCUUUGGCUGGAAUAAGAAAUUGCAGGCUGUAGUAAAUUAACAUCCAUGCCAACCAGUUUAUAGUACUAAAUAUUUAGAAUAAAAUAUCCAGUUUUAUUGUUUCCCAUGAUGCACCAUUCUUUGAUUUCGGUUGCCACGCGUAACUGCAUGGUUCUGAUCAUACUGAACCACUCCUGGUGGGAUGACUAACCCCCAGAUGCAUGUCGAUGGAGGGGUGUUGGAGGUCGCAACUCCUCUCACAUUUGAAGAAUCCUCUCACAAUGAUUUAUUUACUUAUUUACAAAUAUUCUCUUUUUUUUAUUAUUGUGGAUUUAAGGGACCAUUCAACACUUGCGUAAAGCUCUCGAGGCGAGAGUUUAUCACAUGAUAUUUUUCAAAAUGUUAUGGGAAUGAGUUUUGAGUAUUUGUCAAAAGUUACAAAUACAGUAAAAAGUGGCCAAUGAUGUUGGUCAAAUUACAUUAUAUUGUGUGUGUGUUCGCGCAUGUGAUUGGGAGUGUGUGUGUGUGUGUGUGUGUGUGUGUGUGUGUAAAAUAAAAAGGGUGUUGUACACUGUAUUAAACAUCUGUGUUUCAACAAGGCUGUUGACGAUAUUAUGUUGAUAAAGAAAAGAGUUUACUAAUUGUGUUUGUGUUUUGCAGUAGUACAAAUAUGUUAAAUGACUGAGAGGUAAAACAGGCUGUAACACAAG